AUGAACGAUAAAGACACUGAAAAUUUUAAAUAUUGUAUUAAAGGUUUUCGUCGCGAAAACAAUGUUAUGUAUGUUUUGAUGCAAUUCAUACCAGCCAUCCGUUUCCUAAACAAAAGCUUUGCUGACAAACAAAACCAAACUUUUAAGCAAUUUAUAGAUAAUAUGAAACAAAAAUUUAUGAAUCAUUACAAUGAGUACGACCCGAGUGUUUGUCGCGAUUUUUGCGAUUCAUUAAUCGCCGCCAAAGAGGAAGCAAUUCGGGAGUCGAAAGAGUCGGCGCCCUAUUUGGCCGAUAAAAGCCUAGUUAUGGCUAUUUUUGACUUAUUCUUUGCCGGCACCGACACAUCACAGUUGACUUUCCUAUGGAUGCUAUUGUUUAUGUCAUACUAUCCACAAACACAGAAACAAUUACGACAAGAAAUUGAUACACAAAUUGGCGACCGUUUGCCCACACAUGAGGACAGACAACAGUGUCAUUAUGUUAUGGCAUUUAUAACAGAAACGUUGAGAUUCAGGAAUGUUGCGCCAAUAGGUGUUCCCCAUCGAGCAGUUGUGCGUACAAAAGUUGGCGACUAUACACUACAGAAAGAUACAACAGUAGUCUUAUUGCAAUCUGUAAUUAUGACAGACGACAACUACUGGCCAAAUGCUAAUAAGUUUACACCCGAGCGCUUCCUAUCCAAUGGAAAGUAUAUCAAUUCCCGUUCAAAAGCUUUCAUACCUUUUGGUGUGGGACGUCGUGUAUGUUUAGGCGAAAAGUUGGCCAUCGCUGACCUGUUUCUUGUUUUGAUACGAUUUCUUCAGACGACCAAUGAUUAUGAUAUAGUAUUGGAAAGUCAUAAGGGUUUAGAUCCUAAUGUUAAUAUUGCCGAUUCAUUAGAGCCCAACAAAUAUGAAAUAUCAUUGAAAAGAAGGCUAUAA